AUGGCGUCUGACAGUACCAGCGACUCACAGGGCGAGAAAGAAAUGUCCACAGAUAAGGAAGCAAUUGUAGAAAAACACGAAGAGAACGCGCAGUUGAUUGAAAACACGAGACGUCAGUCUAAACUAAUACUUUACCAUUGGACCCAAUCAUUCACAUCUCAGAAGGUGAGGCUUGCCAUUGCUGAAAAGGGUCUGAAAUGUGAGGAGUAUGAUGUGAGUCUCCCUCUCAGUGAACACAAUGAGCCCUGGUUCAUGCGUCUGAACCCUGCCGGGGAGGUCCCAGUUCUGGUGCAUGAUGACACUGUUAUCUGUGAUUCAACCCAAAUCAUGGAUUACCUGGAGCAGAACUUCAGAGAUGAGGGAACGCCAAAGCUGAUACCGGAGGAGGGGAGUAUGUACUAUCCCAGAGUGCAGCAUUACCGGGAGCUGCUGGACUCUUUGCAUAUGGAUGCCUAUACCCAUGGUUGCAUUUUACACCCAGAGAUCACAGUGGACUCUCAUAUACCAGCAUAUGCCACAACAAGAAUUCGCGCACAAAUAGGAAACACUGAGUCUGAGCUGAAAAAACUGGCUGAAGAGAACCCAGAACUUGAGGAGGCAUAUAUCGCGAAACAAAGACGCCUGAAAUCAAAGUUGCAGGACCAUGACAAUAUGAAAUAUCUGAAGAAAAUUCUGGAUGAACUGGAAAAUGUAAUGGACCAGGUGGAAACAGAACUUCAGAGGAGGAAUGAAGAAACACCAGAGGAGGGCAGCCAGGCCUGGCUGUGUGGGGAGUUCUUCAGCAUGGCCGACGUGUCCCUUGCAGUCACUCUGCACCGCCUCAAGUUCCUGGGCCUCUCGCGGAGGUACUGGGGCAACGGGAACCGGGUCAACAUCGAGGCAUACUACGAGCGCGUCCUGGAACGACCCACCUUCAGGAAGGUGCUGGGACACGUCAACAACAUCCUGAUCUCGGCCGUCCUGCCCACGGCUUUCCGCGUGGCUCGCAAAAGGGCACCCUCCUUUGUCGGCACCACUUUGCUUGUGGGAUUAUUGGGGGGAGUGACCUACUUUGCUUUUUUGUACCUUAAAAAGAGGCUUGUGAGGUACAGCUGAGACACUAGCGAUAUAUAUAUAUAUAUAUAUAUAUGCUGUGCCAUUUGCUGUAGCUUAUUGCUCAUUCAGUAUCCAUAAAUUAGAAAAAAGCUUUAGAAAAAAAAGUUUUUAUUUUAAAUAAUAAUACCUGCUGCAUUUAAAAUAGUAACUGCUAUUCCAAAAUAUAAUGUUAAUUAUAUGCAACUUUAUUUAUAUUUUUGUUACUCAUGAAUACAAUUCAAGUUUACUCAUUUUGUUUGUCGUCUAAAUAGCACAAAUAGCUUAAGGGUGUUCUUCCACUCUGUUCCAUGUGUCCAGGUUGAAAUAAAUGUUAAUAAAAGUGUUUAAAAAGCC